ACGUCAUCCUUGUGCGUGACGCUGCUACUGUUCUUAUUUUGGCAGUUUGUUUCGAUAUUCACGGUUUGUCAGUCCACUAAGGAGGCGGAUUCUCUUGGUUAUCCAAGCCAAGCUGCGAUGGUACUGAUUGAGCAGUGAUUUUGGUAAGUUUAGUUUCAUAAUGGCUGAUGGAGGCAGCGAUGACGAGGUCAUUCACCUGGCAAGCUUCAACGUCCACCGCAGCCAAGGCUUGUGUGCCCGUCAAAGGGAGCUCAUCACCAUUUCAGAUGACUCGGACGAGGAGCCUGUGACUCUGGUACCUGGCAGUCCUGUUUUAGUCCCGGAUGAUGCAGAUGAUGACGAUGUCAGCAUACUGGAGCCACUAACUCCUGCACGCAGACAUGUGAUUCGUCCAGCAGCGAAAUGGAACGGGGCCUUGCCCAACGUAAUUCAAGUUGUAGGUGAAAGUAGCCUAACUUCUGGGAUUGCCUCAGGGGAGCAUGGCUCUGCCCCCUCUACCUCCAGAGAUGCCAAGGCUACCAAGGUCAGCCAACCAGCCAUACAAACACAGACAGUGCAGUCUGACCCAUCUGGACCUACACUGCCACAGCCUGGCCCUUCAUCACAUGUACUCUCUCAGCCAAGACUGAGCACAAACUCUCAGCAACCGGAAGGUACAUCGGCACAAACAAAUGUGGAGCUUCAUGCAGUUUCUUCUGUCCACACCCCAUCUACCUCCACAAAUUCCAAGGCGAAUGCCACCUCAUCCAGACCACCUGUGCAAGUACCCCUCCAACCUCAACCCAGCACAUCUGGACUCCCACAGCCACAAGCUGGCUCUUCAGCACACCUAAUAGUUGAGCACCAGGCGAGCACAUCUGCCAGUGCCACACCUCUAACUUGUGUUGCUGCAGUGACUGUGUCAAGUUCAUCUAAGACUCGAGAAAAGGCUACUACAAGUAGUCUCACACAAGACAAUCCUCAGGCCAGUACUUCAUCUGCACAUCCCCCGCCUCACACACGGACGCAGCCUCAGCCUGGUACAUCUACACAGCUCCUGCCCAACCUCAUGCAGAAGAGGCAGAUGAAUCUAGUUGUUCAUCCGCAGCAGCCUAGCAUCCAAGCCUCUGCUCUAAUAACCCAGCCAAAACUCCAGCUUAUCCCACAGAACCUGCCGCAGCACAUGUCACUUCAUCAAAUGCAGGGCAAUCUCAUUCAGAUCGAGCCCCAGCCCCUGGCCCAGGCCCCCACCCAGCCUGCAGUCCAGCCCGCACAAGCCCUUCAGGUUAUACCAGUGAUCCCCCCUGCAGUUCUAAUAGCUGAAGCCCCAGAGAGACUAGGCACUCCAGAGGCAGGUCAUCGGAUUAUCCUGGGGAGCCAGCCGCCUGGAGGCGUUAUUGCCAAUCCUCCACCACAGGCCGGUGCCUCCAAUGCGAUUCCAUCACACUGGAGACUCAGGAUCAGGGUCCCUAUUGUGAACACUAACCCCCCCGCUGCCACUGUGUCAGUCCCCUCCGUCGGAGAGGAGGCUCGUCUCGUUCUGGCACCAAACCCAGAGAGGGUUAAUCCAGCCCCUGCUCUGGUGGCCGUCCCACCUGCACCGGAGGACAUUCCCCGAAUAGAGGAUGCAAGGCCUGGACCCUCUGUGGCACAAGAGAGACCAGAGCAGCAGCCUCAUAUCAGAACCCUUAUCACUGGUGUUUUGGAUCUACUCCCAGAUGUCCAGGAAGCCUAUGUAGCAGAGCUGAUCCAAAGGAAUAAUGUGCAAGACUUGAAUGUUAUCUGUAACCUGCUGUUAGAAAAUCCAGAAUAUCCUCGGAGGGAGACGGCAGCAGCUGCAGCAGCUCCCUCCAGCAUCCUUCUGGAGUCUGCAGACACCCAGGUGGAGGUGACUGAGGACUUGUUUGAUUAUGCCAAGCUGGCCACUAUGGGACCCGAAGUUGUGAUGCAGGCUGCUGACUUGCUCAUGGCAGACUUCAGGAUGCUCAGCUGUCAGGAUAUCAAAUGGGCCCUUAAUGCCCUGAAGGGACACUAUGCAAUCACACGCAAGGCCUUAUGUGACGCUCUGAAGAAGUGGCAAGAAUCAGGCGACCCAUCAGGAAAGAGAAGACGGAGCAGGACCUCAUCGGAGCGCUGCUACAUCGAUUUCCAUUUUGAGCAUGGUUCACUGAAGUUUGACAAAAGGAUGUUUUUCUUGGAGAACGACCGUCGUUACUGCAGGACGUACAGCAAUCUGGAAGCUUCUGUGCAGAAGGAGCUGACAUUUUAUCAGCAGAAGGCUAAGGAAUGGGCAGAGCAUGAGGACUUCCUUCUGGCUCUGCAAGUCAAUGAGGAUGAAUAUAAGAAGGACGGUCAGCUGAUUGAGUGUGGCUGCUGUUACGGGGAAUUUGCGUUUGAGAAGAUGACGCAAUGUUCCGAUGGUCAUCUCUUCUGUAAAGAGUGCCUGGUCAAAUAUGCUCAGGAGGCAGUGUUCGGCUCUGGAAAGUUGGAGCUGAGCUGCAUGGAGGGGGGCUGCCCGUGCUCCUACCCCGUGUGUGAGCUGGAGAAGGUCCUACCAGAGAAUAUACUGUGUAAAUAUUAUGAGAGGCAGGCGGAGGAGGCAGUCGCUGCCACCUGUGCUGAUGAACUAGUGAGAUGUCCAUUUUGCAACUUCCCAGCCUUGUUGGACAAAGACAUGUCUCUGUUCAGCUGCCCCAACCCUCGGUGCCGCAAGGAGAGCUGUAGAAAGUGCCACGUCCAGUGGAAGCAGCAUGUGGGGAAGACCUGUGAGCAGGUCCUGGAGAGGGAUGAGAUCCGGAUGAGGGUUGUCUUUGAGGAGCGGAUGACGGCGGCUCGUGUGAGGAAGUGUGUGAAGUGCGGGACGGGCCUGGUCAAAUCGGAGGGCUGCAACCGGAUGUCGUGCCGCUGCGGCAGCUUCAUGUGCUACCUCUGCAGAGAGCCCAUCACCGGCUACAACCACUUCUGCCAGCACGCCCGCUCCCCUGGCGCUCCCUGCCGCCACUGCCGCAAGUGUUCCCUCUGGACCGACCCCACGCAAGAUGAUGAGCGAAUCAUUCAGGAGAUCCAGAAGGAAGGUGAAGCAGAGCUGAGCAAGAAGUGUGCAGAUAAUUCAGGGAAGAGGGUGGGCCCACCCCCGGAACCUGUGCCAGACACCAAGCGGCCACGUGUGGGUCCACCCCCAGAAAACCCUCCCAAUCUGAACCCCCCGGCCCCUCCUCACCCACAGGCGGUACAAGCCCCGCUGUUCGUUCCUCCACGUGCCCGCUACCCGCCGGCGCCGCCCCAGGGCGGGUACCCCAGGUACCACCCGGUCAUCAUACCCCGGCUGCCCCCUGCACCCUACGUGCCCCCUCUGCAGCACCUUCCACUUCCACCCCCAAACAAUAACAACGACAACAACCACCACCACCACAACCCUCCGUUCGACCCCCACCACAACCCUCCGUUCGACCCCCACCACAACAUGAACGUGAUGGACAUGCCCAUGCACUACGGACCGCCACAUCGCUACUACAGACGCUUCUAACACUCCUUCUCUGAUCGGUGUGUGAGUCGUAGUGCGAUCUCUUCAUCCAUAUGUGUUCGUUCACUAAAAUUUUUCACGUCAGCGCGGUUUUCCAGAUUUUUUUUUUAAUCAGUGUGCAUUACCUUUUUCCUUUGAAUCUCUCCAUCGUUCUUCAUGUCCGCCACUCAACACGUCCUUUUCCGUUCAGCUAAUAAUAACACACACGACAUGGAAAGUGCAUUUGUAGAGAAACACAUUUGAACGCUUUGCCUUCUCCUGCUGAACUUGGGACUUCAGUAAUGAGGUGGAUCCCGACGUUACAAUACCUUUUUCACCCUCUCUCUGUUUAUAUUGAGGUUGAACUGAUGGACAGUUAAGAAUCUUGAGACAAUUUUUUUCCGGUUUAUACAGAUAUUUUUGAGUACAUAAUAAAAAAAGAAUUGUUAGCAUUCCUUUCCGUAUUUUUUGUGUAACAUGUUUGAGACCACGCAGUUUUAAUAAAAAAAAUUUACAACUUUGGGUUCA